GCGAUGCGCAAUGCAGCACCUCACGGGUACCCGUAGUCACAGCCAGUGAGGAAGUGUAGCCGCACUAAUCUGACUGCAUCUCUCUGAAACCGCAUAUACAUUGGCAUUGAAAUAGGAUAUUUCCUUGUUGUUUGUUAUAGAAAAGCAGAACCGCGGAACCGCGGAACCAUGGCAGCCCAGAAGAUAAACGAAGCCCACGAACAUAUCGCCAAAGCUGAAAAAUACUUAAAAACCAGUUUCAUGAAGUGGAAACCCGACUAUGACAGUGCAGCUUCAGAGUAUGCAAAAGCAGCUGUUGCUUUUAAAAAUGCAAAACAAUUAGAUCAAGCAAAAGAAGCCUACCUGAGUGAAGCCCAGGCACAUACAGAUAACAGAGCUCUUUUCCAUGCUGCAAAAGCAAUUGAACAAGCUGGCAUGAUGUUAAAGGAGAUGCAACGAAUGCCUGAAGCAAUUCAGUAUAUUGAGAAAGCAAGCAUGAUGUAUGUGGAGAAUGGUACACCAGACACUGCUGCAAUGGCAUUGGAUCGGGCUGGCAAAUUGAUAGAGCCUGUAAACCUGGAAAAGGCAGUGGAACUUUAUCAACAGGCUGCGUCUGUAUUUGAAAAUGAAGAUCGUUUACGGCAGGCGGUGGAACUAUUGGGAAAAGCCUCCCGACUGCUGGUCAGGGCUCGCAGAUUUGAUGAAGCUGCUGCAUCCAUACAGAAAGAGAAGGACAUAUAUAAAGAAAUAGAAAAUUAUCCUACAUGCUUUAAGAAAACAAUUGCACAAGUGCUUGUUCACCUUCACAGAAAUGACUUCGUUGCAGCAGACAGAUGUGUCAGAGAAAGCUACAGUAUCCCAGGGUUCAACAGCAGUGAAGACUGUGGUGCAAUGGAGAAGCUUUUAGAAGGCUAUGAUCAGCAAGACGAGGACCAAGUGUAUUCCGUGUGUAACUCUCCUCUAGUCAAGUACAUGGACAAUGACUAUGCCAAAUUGGCUCUGAGUUUAAAGGUCCCAGGAGGAGGCACCAAGAAGAAAUCUCCUGAAACUCCCAAGAAUGGAGCUGGGGGCUCAAGGGUGGAGCAGGAAGAUGAUGAGUACUCUGGAGGACUCUGCUAAUCCUGGACAUGCCGUAAUCUUUCAGAUACUACCUUACAUUAAGACAUUAAGACAGACCAGCAACCACGUAUUGGCAGAACCUUGAACGUCUCCUUAAGGUUAAUCGCAGGCGAACACAGAUAUACACCACCACACAUUUAAAUAUUAUAUAUGAGAACAUAUUCAUUUUUUGCUGUUCUGUGAGAAACAUGAUCAGAUAUUAUAUUAAAGCAAACCAUGCUUGCCCAUUGUGAUUGAAUAAAGGCAUAUACUCACCCUUAUUAAACAAAAAAUAUAUUGUGUAACACUUUUCUUUUGAAUUGUGAUAGCAAUGUUAUAUCUCAAAAGAAUGCUAAUACCAUAAUAGUAACACUGGCUGCAUACAGCCCUUGGUUGAUACCUAUUUAAAUAAUUGUAUUGUUGAAUUCCACUCAGUGCCAGGAAGCUCUUACUGUGAAAACAGCACAAUUAAUUCGUCCACGGAUAACCAUGGAGCUUGUGUUUCCUGGUAGCAGUUGUACACUUGAUAUUUGUUAUUUGUUAUAUUUGUCAUAUCAUUCAAGUUUUUGCCAAUGCAGAGCCAAGAAAAGUAGUAAGCGGAUUAGUGGCCAGCCAUCAGUAUUAAUUACAUUUUCCUCCUAAAUUAAUUAAUUUGAGAUUUUGAAAUGUGUAUCAAGUGAAAAACAAGGUCAGAUGUAAACUUUCACAGGAUACCCACAGGUGUUUUUGGUCUAUCUGCCAAACCUGACAAACUGGAUCCAGUAUGUGCAUCACAGUGAGCUAUAAAAAUACACUGAGCCCCAAAAUUCACCAUGUUAGCAGGGGUACUUUUUAUUAUUAUGUUCAUUAUAUGAAGCGCUUCAUGGGCCUAUGAAAUGCAUAGAUUAGACGAGAAAGGAAUAUAUAUAUAUAUAUAUAUAUAUAUAUAUAUAUAUAUAUAUAUAUAUAUAUAUAUAUAUAUAUAUAUAUAUAUAUUUGGUUGCGUUUGUAGACACUAAAGGAUUACUUUCCAAAGCAAGGGCACAAAGGUCAUUGCAGUUGUGAUUGUGCAUGUAUACACAUACAUACAAAAAAUAUAGGCGCUUCUCUAAUGAUCAAGGAAGCUGGCAGGGUCUUCCCUACACCUCCAAUUUCAUCACAUUUGGCAGACGGGUCAAAAUCAGUUACGUGUACACCCAUUUUAGUUGACUGUUAUCAAUUCUAAAUUACUGUCAUUUAACCAAGAGAAAAGCCUGGUGUGAAAAAAAGGAUACAUUGUAUUUGUACAGUCUGUAAUUAUCGUUGUAUUUAUUGUUUUAAAAUGGUAAUUUAUUUUAGGUUAAUAGAAUGUCAAAUGUUUAAGCCAACCUGGUAAAUUAUACAGUAUUUAUUAAUGUGUAAAUAUUUGAUAAUAAUGCAUACAAAGAAUAUACAAGCGAUGCAAUAUUGUUGAUUAAGUGACCUUUUCCUUUUGUUUGUGGUGUGUAAUAAAGUGUGCAUUAUAAUGCA